AUGUUUGCCACCAGACGCCUCUUGCAAGCCUGCAGAGUCACUCUUUUUUCCAGGGACGACUGCGGUCUCUGCACGCAGGCCAAGGGCGUGCUUUCCAACGUAUGGGACAAGCGGCCGUUUCUAUACACGGAGGUGAAUCUGGCCAAGGAGGAGUCUAAGCACUGGAGGAACUUGUACGAUUUUGAUAUCCCUGUCGUCCAUAUAAGCAAAGCGGAAGCCGGCGAGGAAGACAUCAACAAGGCCAGCAAAGCCAUCAAACUAAUGCACCGCUUCACGGAAGACCAAGUUGAAGCCAAAAUGGACCAAGUGGAAGGCAAAUAG